UCUCUCUCUCUCCAUUGCAGCAGCCAUGAAGCUCCUACCCGAAGAAACACACGUCGUGAAGCUCCUCUCCAUAGGUUAAAGUUAUGAAGGAGAGUACAGUGCCUAGAGCAGUAUAUGUACCCACCGCCACUGUCCGGAUGGCACUUGCAAGCACAGAGCAGCAAUCGCUUGCGCCAGCAGCCCUGCCUUCAACACUCGAGACCCCAACUCCUAGUGAUAGAAAUGCCCCUGAAAGCAGCAAUAUUCACGAGGAAGGGAUGCAAUGGACUUUUUCAAAUAAGGACUCAAAGAUGGAGCAAGCACGAGAGAUUGUUGGGAAGCUAAAGGAGAGGUUUCCUAGAACUGCCCAGAUGUGGAAGAUGGUUGGCCUCAAAAGGGAAGACGAUUUAGUUUGUUUGGUUGAGGUACCUCUGUUGCUCAUACUCUGAUGAAGUCCACAGUGGCUGCGUCUAGCAAACAGAGAAUUCGAUGGACUAAGGAAC